UUGCACAAAUCAAUUGCAGACCGUUGACUUCCCAAAUAAUGUAUGGUGCUCCAUCUUUACUGCUAUCUCUCCUUUCAGAUUUUGUCCCUUCGUACGUGGUCAGCUCUCAGCCAAGUGAGGAGCAUCCUGUGGAGAAGAAGAUGAAACACCCCUCCCCAACCAAAAGCAAACAGUACGUGCCGCUUAUUAGUGACGGUAGUGAUGUUUGCUGCAGCGGAGUAACGGCGGCCAGAGAAGCUAGUCUCCGACGGAAAUUUGGCCGGAGUGCGGAAUAUACAUCUCCGAGCUCCAAGCCGCCAUUAAUGGCGGAAAACAAGGAACUCUCAACCGGAAAUUUCUCCCAGACAAGCGGACAGAGAAGUUGGGGCCUGAACACUGUUAUGGUCUUAUUCCAUUUUAUUUCCACUCUUUUAUUUUGUUUAAAAAUUCCGUUAGUUCUCUCGUUUACCGUGCAAGGUUGUUAGAAUGCUACAGAGGCAUGUAAAGAAUGACUAUAAAUAGCUGGUAUAUGUGAUGAAAAUAGACAUAUGAAAUAUUACAGAUUCUCUAUCCUCUUCUCUCCCUUUUAUUUCUCCUCUUCUCUCCCCUCUAUUUUAUCUCCCGCAUUAGUGGCAUCAGAGCCAAUCUGCUGCUCAUACAACUUUGAUCUACUGUGGAUUUGAUCCACACUGGCUCCAGCAGCCACUCGUCGUGUUGCAGCCAUGGAAAAUCAACUCAAAGCAUUGGAACAAAAGGUCGAUCAACAGAAUCAGCGUGUAGAUGAGAAAUUUGAUGAAAUUCUCAAGUUCAUACAGCUCUUGAAGAACGGAAAACCUCAAUCCUCAAGAACAGAGGAGAGGAUCGUUCCAGCCAGAUCUCUAGGGUAUGUACCUGAUGAGGUUAUGGGACCAGACCCAGAGCCUAAUCGGCCCAGACCCCGAACUUGGACCAGCAGGCCCAAGCCCACCAACCCAGAGCUUGAGUCGACUCAACCAAUCAGGGCAAUCAAGGAGCGGAAGCCCGAGAGAGCCUGUCGACCAGCCCAGCGGGGAGCCUGCCUUCCAGUCCAGUGGGGAGCCUGCCUUCCAGCCCAGUGGGGAGCCUGCCUUCCAGCCUAGCCAGAAGCCUACCGACCACCAGCCCAGCUGGGAGCCUGCGAUCCAGCCCAGCUGGGAGCCUGCGGUCCAGCCCAGGUGGGAGCCUGCCUCCAGCCCAACGGGGAGCCUGCCUUCCAGCCUACCCGAGAGCCUGCCUCCAGCCCGGUCAGAAGCCUUCCUCCAGCCUAGCGGGAAGCCCACCGUCCAGUCCAGCAGGAGGGAGCUCAAGCGUCCAACCUGCCAGCCAGGAAGAGCCAACAAUCAAUGCGCUAUUAAUUAUGUAUUUAAUUCUGUAUUAAUGUUGUAAUUAAUUAGUCAUUAGUGUCUCUGACAGUUACCAUUUGUAAUCGCCUAUAAAAGGCAAGUCCGAAUUUCAAAUGAGAUAUGCUAUUUCUGGCUAACUUUCCAUAUUCG